CAUAAUGGACGUCAUGACAGUUUUUGCGACACUCUGCUUCUAACAGCUUUGGCAAAAAGAUCUGCUGCCCCAAAGCCUUCCGCAGUCAAAAUGGCUGAAAUUGAUUUGGAGAACCGUGAUCCUAACAAUAUCAACGACCAUUUGAAGGUCCAGUUUGAGGAUGUCUUGGCUGAGCCCGAAGGUGCCCACAGCAUUGACUGUUGCUGGAAGUUUACCAACACAUGCUUCAACUGCGCCUUCAAAUGCUGCUACAUGUUGAUGACCCUGUGUGGACCUCUCUACGGCCUCUACUACGGUUGGAGUUACGCCAUGCUUGCCUGUGCUCACGUGUGGCAGUACACACCACAGAUCAGAGCUUGUGAGAUCAACUGCAUCAUGAUGCGGAAAAUAUACACCAUCUGCCUCAACUGCUGCCUGACGCCAUGCUGCGAGUCCUGUGGCGCUAUCUUUAGUAGGAUACAAGUUAAGAAGUAAUGCAAGAAUGAGCGGGACGGUUCUGACAGAAAUUGCGUUAGCUGGACUUCCCGACCCGAACCUCACACGUUUUUGACAUCAGCAGUUAACAUCAGCACACCCAUGGUGUCUUCCAUGACGUAGUCCACAAUGUGAUUUAUGUAGUUACUGGACGAGGCCUGGUCAGUUGUCUUAUAGAUUUUCUACUUGGGCUAUAUUCUUACUUUCGUCUUGGACACUAAGGACUGUUAAGGACUUUCGCAUGUCGACGUUCACAUGCUCCCUUUGUUCUUUGUGUACAAGGAACUUGAUUUCGACAUUAUUCCGUUACUAGGGCAACGACAUCGUGAACUGUACAUAUCUAUAUUCUUUGCACUUCUGUGAUAAUAAACUUGUCUGUUAUA